UUUAAGCUUAUGGUGGAGUCUACUAUGGAAAUAGUGCCAUUGAUUUACCACAUCCUUUUAAGUGUUUGCAGAACUGGAGCCAUAGCAACUUCCAUAGUGGGAUUAGUCUGUACUUCAGUACAUAUUUGGGUUUCUUUUCUUUAACAUUUUUACUCUAUGUAUCAAAAUUCUGAUGACUGGACCGAGCAUAUUCGUGUGCUGAGGAUUCUGACUGAAAUGUUUCUGCCUCAUAUCAACCUUUCAGAAUUAGAGCAAACCUUCUUCUCAAAAGUGUUACCCAAGGCAAUACAAUUAUUUGAUGAUUUGUUGUAUGAAUUAUCCAGUCAAGCCAAAGGACUAACCAGCCAGAACAUAGAAUUAUGCAAAGCGGUGAGGAAUGUUUUACAGACGAUGGUGCAGCUGCUGGAAACUCUGACGGGUUGUGUGUGACAUAUCUGUACCCUGCAGGAGCCUGUGCCUUUAGAGAGUA